AUGAUUACUUUCUCAAUCCGCCUGACCGUUUGUCUGAGUUUGUUUCUUGGCCUGAAAUACACGAGAUCCGACGAAGACCUGCCAUCAUGGCUAACCAACGAAACCGUUCAAUCGCACAUCUCCGCCAUCUUCAGUGGAAUUGAUCACGUCGACAUAGUAUUGGGCGAUCUCGCCCCGAAUCAAAGUUACCCACCGAUCCUGGAGUGGUUGAUUCAUCGCAGAAGUCCACCAGCUAUCCUUCAAGGCAAAACGAUUCGCAUCUACCAGAACGUGAUUCCCGGCCUCAAGGACACCGGUUGCAAAGCGGGUCGACCAAUACUGUCCGCCAUUGUGGACACGGACGAUGCCAACGAAGACGAACUGGGCAUGAUCGAUCGGGACUAUGGGGAUGAGUCGAGGUUCAUCGCGUUGGAUCGAUCCUUCGAAUCGUUUGCGAGAGUUUGGGACCAGAACCACCAAUACGGAUAUCUGGCGUUUGCAAGCUGGACCACUUUUCAGCUGUCGAUGACCUGUCUUCUGGAUCCGUAUGCAACAUAUCUGAUGAUUCUCAGUGACCGUCUGGACUUGGAGGAGUUGACCAAAUUCUCGAAAGCUACUUGGAUUACCCAGGGCGUCUUCAGGGUGUUCUUCAUGCUUGGAGAACGAAUCUUCACCUUUGAUCCGUUUUUGGCUAACGGGCCUAGGGAAUACGGAGUCCUUAAAGAGUUAAGAAACUUUUCGGAUAUUCCGAGGAUUCCCCAAGGUGACUUCAAGGGUUACCCUAUCCGAAUCGAUAGGUUUCGAACAACGUUCUCUCACACACUUCUGAACAAAGAGGGCAAGGUCAUCGACUUCAUCGGAGCGGAUGCUGAAGCGAGUCGCGUUGUCACUCGAGCGCUAAAUCUUACGCCUAAUUUUCUACCCCCGGACAAGGACCAGUUCGGGUUCAAACUUCCUAACGGGAGCUUCAACGGAGUCCUCGGACGACUGUCUCGCAGGGAGAGCGACAUCGUUUUCGUCGGGUACUUCAUCAAGGACUACUUCACCCGGGACACGGAGUUCACAGCCGGGAUCUACGUCGACGAGCUGUGCUGUCUGGUUCGGAAGGCCAGUCGAAUACCGGAGUAUCUGCUGCCGAUCACCAUCUUCCCGGCCGAUCUGUGGGGUCUGCUGUUUCUGAUGGGCAUCAUUUGCGCUACCACGUGGAUCAUCAUUCGGACGGGGAUCAAGAUGAAGGCCACGAAGAGCGAACGGAGAGCUCCGAAGACACCGUUGGCGUACCUAUUCAACUUGUCUAAUACCAUCCGAGAUGCCCCAUUGUAUCGCAAAUUGAUCCAAAUUGUCGUCGAUACCUACAUCCUGCUGGUGAGCGCUCCCUACCGGAGAUUCACCCGUUCGGGUAUUGAACGUCUUAUGCUUUUCGGACUAAUGCUGGUCAGCUUGAUCUUCGUGUCCAUGUUUCAGUCCAGCUUGUCUUCAGUAUUCCUACACCCAAUGUUCUACAAGGACAUCGACAGCCUUCAGCGGUUGGACGAAUCCGGCAUCAAGAUUCCCGUCAAGUACAAGGGCUUCAUGGACGAUGUCUUUCCGGCCAACUACAGUUCGAUGAUGGAUUCGCUGCGCAACAAGAUGAUCUACGAACCGGAACAAGACGAGGCCGCUAUGCUGGAUCGGGUGGCGCAGUCGCCGAAGAUUGCCUUCGUGACCCGCAAGUCCUUGGUACCGCUGGACGAUGCGAUCUACAUAGCGAAGAAGCAGGUGAUCGUAGUUCCCGAGUGUCCCCGGUUGUACAAUCUGGCGUACGUGGUUCCCCGUCAUUCGGUGCUGCUUGAGGCGAUCAAUGUGGUCAUUUUGCGGUUGCUGAACGGAGGUUUAAUCGAGCAGUGGAUCAAUGUGAUGAACUUCAACGCCACAAUGCGUGACCUGGCACUGUAUCGGAACGUGGAUGAUGAAAAGUUCAAAAUCUUGACCAUGAACGAUUUGCAGUUUCCGUUCUACCUGUGGGCGAUUGGGCUGAUUUUGAGCAGUAUUAUCUUCAUAGCUGAACGAAUGCACUACAGGUUGGUGAUAUCCAACCGGAUAGAAAUGUUUUAAUC